ACCCAGCCCAGCACGCUAACUUCGCGUUUGAAUCUCAAGCUGUACACACGCGUCCUUAGUACGUGUACGCAUUCUAUUUUCAAAUUUGUUUGUUUUUGUGUUUGUAUAAACAACCUGUGUUAUUCAAACAUGUGUGAAAAAAGGAUAAGGAAAAUCAAAAGAGGUUCACAAAUAGCUCGUCUGCGUGAAGCAAGACGCCUACAGAGGCUACAAUGGAUCCCUACACCACCACCAAGUGAAGAGGUUGCACCUCCACCACAGCAGCCGACCGUAGAUAAGGCCGCUCAAAAUAGAGUCAUACUCGAGUUAGCGUGGAAAACAAUUGCACUCAUGCAGAAAAACAGACUCAUACAACAAAAGAUCAUUGCUCUACAGAGAGAAACAUCUGAAUUCGUCGCUGCUGUCAUGAGCAACCCAGAAAAUAAAAAGCGUUACUUGGAACAUGUACGCCUUUAUACCGCUGGUCUCAUCACCUUAACACCUACAGCGGAAGCUCGAAAUAAGCCCUUAAAAUUAGAACCCAAACACUAAAUUGUUUUUUUUUUUAAAUAAUGGAAUGAAGAUAUAGAAGUAAAGAAUGAACAUAUAUAUUAUGUUCUGAUUUAGAUUCAGAGUCCUGAUACCCUGAAUCUAAAUCAGAGCUGCAAGUAUAAGUAAUGAUAAUUGUGAUCAGCUUUUGUUAUUUUGUUUAAGUACUUAUUGACGAAGGUAAAUAUUGGUUAGUACGUACUUUAUUUUUACCUUCCAGCAAUAAUAUUUAAAUGCAGUGUCUUAAUUAAAAACGUUGUGGCUAAUAUAGGAAACCCUUUUUUGUUGUAAACAUAUUGAGGUUGUUAUAUACGAGGCUGUUGAUGUUUCUAGAGAUAUCUUUAUGUCAUUUAUUUAAUAGGAUUGGAUUUAAUAUAAGUUUAAGAUAAAAAUAUAAACAUUAUAAGAAAUAUUUUGUUAAUAUGCCCGAGUAUGUAGGUAAAAGGAAUUAAAAGAAAAAUAAUUUUAAACUCUUUAAUCUAUUCGUCCAAUACCCAUAUGAGUUAAAAUUUAUAGUUAGGAACGAAUUCUUAAUUCAAAAUGAAAAAAAUAUAUAUGUAGAAUCAACUGGAUAAUAAUAAUACGGAAUAUGUGUAAUUUCUUAAGACUCGCUUGAAAAACUUGUACAUUGUGAUUUUUGUCUAUUUAAUCAAAAUUUAGGAAUAUUUAGAAAUAGUUUUAUAAAGCUGAAGAAGCUUAAAAAUACUCCUAGACUGUAAAUGAAGUAAUGAUUAUAAACCAUUACUGUCAGUUUGACCCUAAUACUGGAUUUCAUAAAAAAAAACUUUUAAUUUUAUACUUUUAAAUGUGGUCUGUUUAAAUACUAUUUUGUCAUUUUUUUUAUUUAUGUAGAAGGCAUUUAAUAGUUGUUAGUUACCUAAGCUGCACACACAGAUCUACUACUGUGUUCAUUUUGCGUACAUAAGGUGUAUGUCUUUUAAAAUAUUCUGUGUUCAUUGUUAUUAUCUGUGCCAGUUUCUAGAGUAGAUAAACGAUUACUAAUUUAUGUUUAUACAAGAUUUUAUAUUUAUUAUCUAUUUCAAUUUGAUUUGUAUAAUGUAAACAGAACUUUACAGAAGCACACUUCGUAAUGGUAUACCUCAUUAAUGCUUCUUCUUCUUCGAGUGCCACUCCGACUAGCGAAGGUUGGCAGUCAGCUUUGAAAACUCCUUCUUGUUCUUCGCGAGGCGAAAGAGAUCGACAGCACUCGCUAUUCCCGUCCAUUCUCGGAUGUUGCACAGCCAAGACUUUUUUCUGCGCCCAACAGCUCUCCUUCCGGCAACUUUUCCCAUCAUAAUGAGUUGCAAAAGUUCAUAUCUUUCAUGCCUAAGCACGGGUCCGAGAUAUGCAACUUUUCUCUUCUUGACAAUCUCCAAAAGUUGCCGUUUUUGGUUGACGCGUCGCAGAACUUCCACGUACGAGACCUUUUGAGUCCAACAUUAUGGCCAACAUACGUCUAUAUGCCCACAUCUCGAAAGCUUCGAUACGUUUUCUCUACUAAACUAUAUUCAAGAAAUUAAUACAACCCUGCUUUCUGUUACCUUUUGUACCAAUCGAAUUGAAAUACUUACAAACAUGAUGUUUUAUAAGUAGUGUUUACAUUCGAACCUUAACCAGUGAUUAAUCUCGUAAAAUGAUUUGGACGAUACUGGAGUAUGUGUGCUUAUUAAUAUUAUUUAACUGAUUCCUUGACCGAUGAUUAACUGAAUAGGUUACAAGUGUAAACACCGCCUUAUCAAUGUAAAUAAGAUGGGGGAAUUAUUUCGAAUAUACUAAUCGUUAGAAAGUAUUAAUAAUAUUGUUAUUUGAAUUGCACAACACUCCCUAUUUAAUAUUAAGAUAAACUUAAAGUUUUACGCUUAUAUUAGUUUCGGUUUAUUAAUUAAUGUUAAUAAGUUUUCAUUGUUAUUUUGAAAAUAAACUAGUCUGAAUUAUAA